UGUGUUUUGGCGUAUUAGUGUGUGAAUGAGAAUGAGCCCUGUGCUGUCUAAGCAGCUCCAUGCUCUAUGUGUCCAGGUAGGUCACCUGAUCCAGCAGGCAUCUGGCUCCAGCAACCUGAAGAAGGUCACUCUGGAGCUGGGAGGAAAGAGUCCCAACAUAAUCAUGUCUGAUGCAAACAUGGCGGAGGCGGUGGAACAGUCCCACUUUGCCCUGUUCUUUAACCAGGGCCAGUGCUGCUGUGCCGGCUCCCGUACAUACGUGCAGGACACCAUCUAUGAUGAGUUUAUGGAGCGCAGCGUGGAGCGGGCCAAGAGCAGGGUGGUGGGAGACCCCUUCAACAUGAAGACUGAGCAGGGACCCCAGGUGGACGAGGAACAGUUCAAGAAGAUUCUGGGCUACAUCAGCAGUGGGAAGCGUGAGGGGGCCAAACUGAUGUGUGGGGGAGGGGUGGCUGCAGACCGUGGCUACUUCAUCCAACCAACCAUCUUUGGAGAUGUCCAGGAUGACAUGACCAUCGCCCGUGAGGAGAUCUUUGGGCCGGUGAUGCAGAUCCUGAAGUUUAAGACUCUGGAGGAGGUGGUUGAGAGAGCCAAUGACACAAAGUACGGCCUGGCAGCUGCUGUCUUCACCAAAGACAUCGACAAGGCCCACUACAUCUCUAACGGACUCCGCGCUGGCACUGUCUGGAUUAACUGUUAUGAUGUGUUUGGAGCACAAGCCCCCUUCGGUGGCUACAAAUAUUCUGGUAACGGUCGUGAGCUGGGAGAGUAUGGCCUGGACAACUACACUGAAGUGAAAACAGUAACAAUCAAGGUCCCUCAGAAAAACUCGUAAAGACAUCUGAACUCUGCCUCCAAUCAAGGAAACUAACUGACUAUAGGAAGGCUCUAUGGGACUAAAUCAGCCUUCAUUUAGUUUAUCCUCAGUUAUUGUUGGACUUUGUGUUACUUAGCCUCUGUACGCAGCUCUAACUUCAUGUAAAGAAUGUCCAAACAAGAUGAGAAAACAAUUACAGGCAUGUUGCUGUUAGUUUACCACCAGCUUGUUGUACAGCCUUGUCAAACUUCAACAGCUUAUUUUAAGCACUUCAUUGAGCACACCAUAAUAUUUCAAAAUACAUAUUUCAGUCAUUAUGUUCAUCCUAUUUUAAUAUGGUGAAUCCCUGCUACAAUUCAGAGUAUUUUAGUACUCUUGUAGAUUAAAAGUGUGAACUUUGAAAGGAUUUUGGAUAAUAAAUGCACUUGAUACACGCUGUUA